AUGCUGUUUUCAACUGAACCUGGUCACGGUGAAUCUGGAUUUUCGUCUAAUGGAACUGCCACCAAAGAAUUAAACCCUGAAAAACCUGCACAAGAGGAAGCUAGUCAUGUCCACCAUAUCAGGAUUACUCUAACCUCACGUAAUGUUGCUUCACUGGAGAAAGUUUGUAGGGAUUUAAUUGAAGCAUCAAAAAAAAAGAAAUUGAAGGUGAAAGGUCCUGUACGUAUGCCUACCAAAACGCUUCGUAUCACUACUCGCAAAACACCUUGUGGUGAAGGGUCAAAAACUUGGGAUAGAUUCCAGAUGAGAAUUCAUAAAAGGGUUAUUGAUUUGCAUUCUUCUUCUGAAAUUGUAAUGGAAAUCACAUCUAUCAAUAUUGAACCUGGUGUAGAAGUUGAAGUUACUAUUGCUGAUGCAUAA